AUGAAGAGCACGUUCUCAACACAAGAUGAACAAUUUAUGGAAGAGGCUUUAAAUAUGGCCAGAAAGGCAUUAAAUGAAUUUGAAGUUCCUGUUGGUUGUGUCAUUACCUACGAAAAUAAUAUAAUUGGAAGAGGUUACAAUAAGACCAAUCAGACAAAGAAUGCAACAAGACAUGCAGAGUUUGAAGCAUUUGAUGACAUUUUCAACAACUUUUCUCACCUCUUGACGGAUGCUUCUUUCUUUACAAAAUGCACACUCUACGUUACGGUUGAGCCGUGUGUGAUGUGUGCAAGUGCAUUACUCAUAUUGAAAAUUGGAAAAGUCAUUUGCGGAUGUAUGAAUGAACGUUUUGGAGGUUGUGGAUCCGUACUCAAUAUUCACCAGCAUGGAAUUCCUCAUACGAACUGUAUUUCCAAUACUAGCAGUGGUGAUGAUGCAACGGUCGACCAUAAUCAUCUUCUUCAUGACGAGACAUCACCAAUAUGGAAGGACCAAGACCACUCCAACAACCAAAAUUGGUAUACCUAUGAAUGUCUCAAUGGAUUAUUUGAGGAGGAAGCGAUCGAAAUUUUGCAGCGAUUUUAUGAACAAGAAAAUCCUUCUGCCCCAGUUCCCAAACCGAAACAAAAAGGAUCAACUUUGGAGAUGGGACUUGAGAAAUCUACAAAAAAGCCUAAACAGGACACUGAAUAUACUCACUAA